AUGUUUGUGUUCAAAGCGGAGCGGCAGAAACGGCCGCCGCGGUGGCUGAGCGGACGCCGUCCUCAUCCCCGCCGCGUCCCUCCCCGCGUCGCUUUGCCGAAGGGUGACUUACCUGGUGGUCAACCCGCCUGGGGCUACGCGGCCUACGACAUCGUGGUCCCCAGGAAAAUCAGCCCCAGGGCAGGGAGAGCCAGCCGGGACAGGGUGUCCUACGCCAUCAACAUCCAGGGGAUGGAUUACACCCUAAAGCUCCAGCAGAAGAAGGACUUCAUGGUCAAAAACUUCCCGGUAUUCACCCGCAACGCCCUGGGUGUGGUGGUGGCCCAGCAGCCCCGGGUGGCAGCCGAUUGCUACUACCAGGGCUACGUGGAUGGCAGCCCCGACUCCACCGUCACCCUGAGCACCUGCAACGGCCUCAGGGGGCUGCUGCACCUCGGCAACCUGAGCUACAGCAUCGAGCCCCUGGCGGGUUCCUCCACGUUCGAGCACGUGCUGCUGCAGACGGAGGACGCGGCGCUCGGCGCGAUCAUGUGCAGAGAGCCCCCGGCGGGGUGGCAGUCCGCAGGCGCCGGGGCAGCCAGCAGGCAGUUCCAGCCCUGGGGGCACACCCGCUACCUGGAGCUCCUGGUCGUGGUGGACAAGGAAGGGUUCGACGCCUUCGGUAAAAAUAUAACCAACGUGACGCUGGAAGUUAUCGAAAUAAUCAAUCUGGUGGAUGGGCUGUUUUACCCCUUCCGCCUCCGCGUUUUAAUAACCGCACUGGAAGUUUGGGCAGAGCAGAACCCUAUCGCUAUUUCCAAAAACAUAACGGAGGUUCUCCUUAAUUUUAAUUCUUGGCGGAAGCAGAAAAGCCUCAUGCACACUGGGUAUGACGUGGGGUGCCUGUUCGCCGCGCUGGAUUUCAAUCAGGGCCCCAAAAUGUUGCACCUGGGCGGCAAGUCCAACUUCGCCAGCGUGUGUGACAGACAACGCGCCUCUGCUGUGGUGUCAUUUGCAAAGCUGCCUCCUCUGCACGCGGCCGCGCACGUCGCGCACGAGCUGGGGCACGUGUUCGGCAUGGAGCACGACGGCAAAUACUGCAGGUGCGGCAACACCACCAAGUGCAUCAUGAACGCGCACAGCAUCGUCAACUAUCAGUUCAGCAACUGCAGCACCCAGUACUACUAUGAUUUUAUAGCAUCGGGGAAAGGAUUCUGCCUGAAUAACGCCCCGGAGUCAAUAAUGCCUUUUCUACCGCAGCGCUGCGGGAACGGCAUCGUGGAGCCUGGGGAGCAGUGCGACUGCGGCUCCGCGGCGCGGUGCAGGCUGGACCCGUGCUGCGAUAACAUGUGUCGAAAGAAAGAAGGAGCCAUCUGCACUUCUGGAGGCUGCUGUAGGAAGUGCAGGCCUCUCCCCGAAGGAGAAGUGUGUCGGGAGAGCACCGGGCCCUGCGACCUGCCGGAAUAUUGCAGUGGGAAAUCGGAACAUUGCCCGGCGGACGUGACCAUGCAGGAUGGGACUGUGUGCGCUGAGGAUGGGUACUGUUAUGCAGGCAAGUGCCGGUCUCACACGCUAUUGUGCAUUAGUAUCUUUGGCAAAGAAACAAGACCCGCUCCAUUUAAAUGUUUCAAGGAGGUGAACAUGAAAGGGGAUCGGUUUGGCAAUUGCUGGGGGAGUGGGUCAGAUGGCAAAUUCGAGAAAUGCAAGCUAGAAAACGUCCUGUGCGGGAGGAUGCAGUGUACAAACAUCAGACGUGUCCCCUGGCUGCAAGACCACACAACCAUCAUCCAGACGCCGGUGGGGGACACGUUGUGCUGGGGCACAGACUACCACCUGGGGCUGGACAUCCUGGACGGGGGCGUUGUGGAGGACGGCAUGCCGUGCGGGGAGAAGAAGAUCUGCAUUAACCGCACGUGCGUCCCUGAGGCCGCGCACCUGACGUCCCCCUGUUCUUCUAAGAAAACGUGCAGAGGGAAUGGAGUUUGCAACACGAAAGGAAACUGCCACUGUGAUGACGGCUGGGCGCCUCCUUACUGCAAGUUCGCUGGCUUUGGAGGGAGCAUUGACAGCGGGCCUGCACCGGUCACUAAAAAGGGGCUGUUCAGGUUGAUCAUGGCUACUAUAGUAGUAACUGUUGUUAUUCUCCUGGUACUUGCAGCACUCGGUGUUUUGCUCAUGAAAGGGCUCAGGAGCGCCCAAGCAUUAAGCAGCCUCACCAAAUGCUUCCAGCCCAGAGAGCAGCCACCCACAGAGGCUGAGCAGGAGCAGCAGGAAGGAGACGGUGCUGGAGCAAAGGAGAGUCGAGGGGCUGGGGCGGAGGAGGCAGCCGGCAGUGGCGGCGAGGCCGGAGUCAGGCAGGCACCAGCUGCAGACUCCCAGGUGUAG